CUCCUCCCCCCAGUCCGGUGGGGUAAAGAAAGGCUCCUCCAGGCAGCACAAUGGCUGGCACUCUGAGGAAGCCGGACUCAUCCCGUGCAGGCCGCAUACACACUCCACUGCCCUUCUGGCCAAACAAGCCCGGACACGGGAGAGGGAUGGGAGUCGGGGAUGUCUAGCAGCGGGGAGCGAAGGGAUAGGCAAAAGGGAAGAAUAGCGGGCUGUGAUACCCCCUCGACGCCGUCAAACACGGCUCCCAGCGCUCCAGAGCCCGGGGCCCACCCGACGGCAGCGCGCCCCGCCACCGCGCAGCCGCCCCGGUCCCUUCUCCCGCCCGUCUGUAGUAAAACAAUCGCUCUCCCGGCGUCUGCGGCCGCUGCCAGCGGUUCUGACACUACAGGAAUGCCCGGUCUGGGGAAGGCUCCGCACUCUGGGGAGGGGCACGAGCGGGGUCGGGGAAGCUCCAAGAUGAAAGCGUGCAAUAACUACCAAUAUGGAUACCUCGCAGGGCCUGACACCAGCUUCUGGAUAAAAUGCAGGCGAUGGCUGCUGGCGGAUGCCGGCAGACACACUCAAAGGCCCUCUUGGACUUUCCGAGUUUCCCAUUCUCCUCUACUGGAGGCUGAGGCGGGUAGGCCCAGCGACGUCUCCCAGCCCCAACUGGGUUCAGACCUCAAGCCAAAAGUGAGGAUGCCGGCAGGAGAGCUUUUCUCUCCCAAAGAUGCUGGGUGGGAGCCGGAUCCAGCUGAAAAAUCUGAGUGAGAAGGUUUCAGGCCCAGGAAGACUUGAGACAAUACAGGAAAAUUCAAGAGGCUGAAAUAAGAAGGGUCCCUGGGGUCUUGUGAAAAAUUAUUAAUUUAUCUUGUCUACUGUGCAUAGGCCUGUGCUUAUAGAAGUUGUCAAUAAAAGUCUAAUAAUUCAUAAAUACACACAACUAAGAGCACAAGAACUGUAAUUAUCGAAGGAAGGCACUGGAAAAAGCAUGUCGGCUUGGAAAACCCCAAGUACUUUUGUCUGAUGGCAAAGUACCUCUGGGCUGAACUGAGGACUUCAACUGGAAGGGUCAGGGAGCUUCUCUUUUACUCGUUUAUGCAUUCAUUCCACAGACAUUUCAACCAUGAGAAGGAUGGAAAGAGGAAUAACGUCCCAAUGAGAUGAGAAGAAGCGUUGGCCUAUUUGCCUUCGUGGGAGCAAUAGACAGAGGAUGUCUUCCUAUAAGAAAUCAUAAGGCCAGGCACGGUGGCUCACACCUGUAAUCCCAACA